GGAAAGGAACCGGAUGAUAGAACUCGAGACGUUUGACGAAGCAAGUCGCGGUCCAGAGGGGAGCCUUAAGAUGAUUGCCAUCUUAUACAAUCGGAUGAAGCCGGGUGGUCGGAAGUUUGGUGUACUACCGGCGUGAGUUGCUGGUAAGGUUGGAGAGAACGACAAUCUAAUGAUUAUAGUUCGCUCGCGUUAACAGGCGCCUUCGUAACUAUAAUGAUGCUUACAUUCGGAUUCUUCACACAAGAGUCAGUCACUACCGGUAUCCGGUUUGUGAACUCAAGUACUACAGCUAUGGGGAGCAUAAGUACUGCUCGGAGCUAUCGUUUUGAAGAUUCAUUUCCACCUCGACCUUGGUCUGGGACCAUGGCCUUCAGCUAUAUCCAAGGAGGUGGGACGGAAGCCGACUCCCUGCUUUCUCGCGCACUCAUUUCAGGGGCUGUUGCCAACCAUAGUCUAUCCGACAUACCUGCUGAAUGCCCCACAAGCAGGUGUGAAUGGAAAUCGUACACCACCCUUGCUAUCUGUUCCUCAGUCGAGGAUAUUAGUUCAGAGCUGCUGGGCUCCAGCACGCCGCCCCCUGGGGAGAAUUACCUCAACUUGUCUUUACCAGUACCGGAGCUCUAUUCUGGGCGAACGGAUUCUGCUGGAAGAGACCACCUCUGGAUGGGUUCUGUAGGUAAUUUGUAUAAUCGCUCGGACGGCACAUUCUCUGGUCCCGUCAACAUGGUCGCUGAGGUUUAUUAUGUCUAUUUUCCGCCUUGCGCUGCCACCCACAACACUCCCGGAAAUCUCAGUAUGGAGGCCUGGAAAUCGUCACAGGCCGUUAAAGAAAACUGGAAGGCCGUAAAAGGUACCUUCAAUCUUUGUUUACAGGAACUGAACACAACGGCGAUAAACGGCUCGACAACCACUACGGUUGUACGUCGUGAGGAUCGUUCACCAUGGCAAAUCGAUACAAGCCUACGCAACGUAUUCUACCCCGUCGACAAUCCACAAAAUCUCGAAGGCAGGCUUGACUACUCGAUGGAGAGAAGCACUAUGUUGGCGCUGGCGGAAAACAUUAAACAGACUGUGAACGGCUCCGCAAACCUCAUAGCAGGCGGAGACAACUAUUGGGAGAGUGCAUUGGAUCUGGCGCUGGGACAAGAUAUCUUCGGCCCGGAUCCUUUGUAUUGCACCCUUAACUCUAACACAGACAUUGGCGGAUUAGAAAACCGGCUCCGAAAUAUUUCCGUCAGCCUAACAAACACAUUGCGCAGAAACGCGAACGGCAACCUCGCUAUCAGUGGAUCAGCGUUCUCUGCGGAGCAAUACUAUAUUGUCAAGCUUUGGUGGCUCUCGCUACCCACCCUAGCGUGGCUCAUAACGACCGCGUUGGUGCUAGUUACAAUGUGGUCAACACAUGCCAAUAAUCUGCCGGGGUGGAAGUCCUCAGCGCUCCCAUUGUUGAUAUGUACAGAGCCAAAGAAUGGAAUGACACAUGGAGAAGCACUAAGGAGAGAGGCAAAGAGCAGGGAUAUCCAACUGAAGGAAGACGGAGCGGCAUGGCAUUUGGAUCGAACGUUAUAAUGCGAAAAUCUCGAUCUCAACGUGCUUUCGUACUUGUAUUACCCUUUCCGGAAGGCUGUCUGGCAGCCAUUGAGCGACUUCACCAGACCAACACGCUUUGGUCGCAUAUGCAACUAGCCACCGACCGUCUGGAGCGAUGUCGAGCAGUGUCUACGAUAAUUUAGGGUGGAAAAGGCUUGAAGAGUAGGACUAAUGAAAGCGUCGCUCCGGAUUCCUGCACGCACGCAACACUGUACAUCUUAAAGCGGAUUGCCAAGUAUUAGGAAUAUUGCAUGCCUGAGUUGCAAGUGGUCGAUGAACAAUAGAGUCGGACAACAAUCUGAGUCGGUUCCCUUGAUAGUUUAUACCUUAUGUACAGUAGUCCGCCCUCCAAAUGGGAACAUUUAUGUAUUGCAUCGGUAGUACAUCAUCUUUCCUGUCUGAGCCUGGGUCAUUGUGUUUAUACCUUUGCUCAAAGUCUUAUGACUCUCUUCGCUUUACUAUAAAACGUAC